CUUAAUUCAAUAAGUCGACCAAAGCAACGAAAUACAAAUGAAAUGGAGUGGUUAAUUUCAAUGUCAUGUGAGAUAGAGUAAGUGCUUAAAGUUCAACUGCUGUUGUUAGUGACGGCUUUGGUUUACUUUAUUGCGCUGUUGGAGAAGGAAGAGGGACAUUUUUAUUUGGUUGAGAGAUAACAAAAGGCAAAGCGAUCGUAGCCGCCGCCGUCGGAGCUGGAGAACUUGCUCUGUUCGGUCACACUUUAAUCCAAACAUGUUGCUGCAGCUGAUUCCUCUUCCUUUCAUAUUAUUGCUAUUACUGUCGGAGUUUUUCUCGUGUAAUGUGAUUGAUGGACAAGUACGGAUAAAUUUAAACGGAAAAUGGACAAUACAAGCGGAGGGCAGCAAUGUCUCAUAUCCAGCAACAGUUCCUGGUGGAGUUUAUAUGGCCCUUUACAAUAACCACGUUAUUGAUGACCCCUAUGCAGGGUUUAACGAUGUUGCCUAUCGAAACAUUGGAAAGAAAAAUUGGAACUUCACUAAAAAAUUUACCGUAACUGAGUCUGUCGUUGCCUCCAAGAAUAUUGCUCUGGUGUGUCUGGGAAUCGAUACUGUGGCCCAAAUCUAUAUAAAUGGAUUCCAUGUCAGGAAUACUUCCAAUAUGUUUGUUCGUUAUGUGACGGAUGUGAAAAAAUACGUUGUGGUCGGUACCAAUACCAUUACUGUCGCCUUCACAUCUCCUGUGACUGCUGCUAACAAAGCGAAUGAGAAGCUUCCUUACACUGUCCCACCAAAUUGUCCAAAUCCUAAACAAAAUGGAGAGUGUCACAUUAACCUCCUCCGAAAGAUGCAAGCAUCCUUCAGCUGGGACUGGGGUCCAGCUUUUCCGACUCUGUCCAUUUGGCGUGACAUAUAUCUGGAAUAUUUCAACACUACUGUUAUACGGGAUAUUACAACCAAGACAUAUAAAGGAAAUGAUGACUGGUACCUGGAAGUGGUAGUCUUCUUUGACAACAGAGCCAGAGUCCCUGUGAAAGGCAAACUGUCCAUUCACAUGUCGGAGCUGAAAGUCAUGCUUACCUCUAAUAUAGACUUGACAAAGGAUUCUGAUGAACUGAAAACCAUCAUUAAAAUACCAAAGGAUGCUGUGGUUGAGCCGUGGUGGCCCCAUGGCUAUGGCAAAGCUCGCUUGUACACUCUCAAUGUGAUUUUCACAUCCGACAAGGAUGAAGAGCCAUCUGCAAAACAAAUAAAGAUUGGAUUCCGUACAGUGGAACUGAUACAAACUCCAGUGACAAAGCGAGCGUCUGAUGGCCUGACAUUCUACUUCAAGAUCAAUGGAAUCCCUGUAUUCUUCAAAGGAUCCAAUUGGAUACCAGCUGAUAGUUUCCAAGAACGUGUAACGCCCGCACGUAUCCGGAAUCUUUUUCAGUCUCUAGUUGAUGCCAAUCAGAACUCUAUGCGUGUAUGGGGAGGAGGGGUCUACGAAAGUGAUGAAUUCUACCAGAUUGCUGAUGAAUUUGGUGUGAUGAUAUGGCAGGACUUUAUGUUUGCUGUAGCUCUCUACCCAGACACUCCACAAUUUCUGUCAUCUGUCAAAGAUGAAGUUGUUUAUCAGGUUCGUCGUUUGAUGCAUCACCCAUCUAUUGUUAUUUGGGCUGGAAACAAUGAAAAUGAAAUUGCUCUGGUAAACGGAUGGUUCCCUCUCAGCUUAGAACAUUACAAGAAAUAUCGGGAAGCCUACAUCAAGCUAUAUGUAGACACAAUUGGUACUAACGUCAUGAAGGAAGAUAACAGCCGUCCAUUUGUGACAUCAAGCCCUUCAAAUGGGGUCAAAACGAAAUCAGACGGAGGGAUUUCGCCCAAUCCUGCUGCUCAAAAUUAUGGCGACAUUCACUUCUAUGAUUAUAUAAGUAAUCUCUGGCUGGAUUCCAGUAUCCCAAUACCACGCUUUGCAUCAGAAUAUGGUAUCCAGUCAUGGUGUUCUUACUCUUCAUUGGUGCCUUUGUUAAACCAAUCAGCUCUGAAGUAUUGGAGUAACUUUACCAUUCACAGACAACAUCAUUUAGCAGGGCAAUUGGAAAUGGAAGCAGAAAUUUUGCAACACUUUGACCUUCCACCUUCUUCAAAGAAAUUCAAGCAUAAAACCUUUCAGGAUAUUAUAUACCUUACACAGAUAAACCAAGCGAUGUCAAUCCGAUUUGAAACAGAAAGCUAUCGUAGACAUCAAAGUGAAGUGGUCAAUGGACUUGGAAUAACUAUGGGUGCCCUCUAUUGGCAAUUAAAUGAUAUUUGGCAAGCUCCAACUUGGUCUUCUAUUGAAUAUGAUGGAACAUGGAAGAUGCUUCAUUAUUAUUCUAAAAAGUUCUUUUCCCCUGUUUUGAUUUCACCAUAUUUUGUUAAUGAAAAGAUGCUUUAUAUAAAUAUGGUUGUGGAUGGUAUUCCAAUCAAAGAACACAGGCGGUCAGAUGGUAGCCUAGAAAUGGUUCCACUCAACAUCUCCAAAAGUAAGAACUCAGUACUGACUGGCACUUUACAGGUGAAGUUAUAUAAUUGGAAGAACCGAACCCCAGUGAAAAGCUGGACCCAAAAAUAUAGUUUAGACAAAACUUCAGAUGUUGUUCUCAAAAUUCCUGCAUCAGAAAUUGUGGACCACAAGAAAUGUUCUCUUACAUCAUGUUUCUUGUUUUUCUUCUUGGAUUCUGAGGAUUCUGUGUCAACAUCUUGGUUGCCGCUUGGUCGUCUUGUACCUUCAGGAGGAAUCCCAUUUGCAAAAAUAAAGAUCACCAAAGUGGUUGCUGUAAGUGGCCGAAACAACACCUUUGAUAUUACACUUCAGAGUUCAGACAUUGCUCCAUUUGUUUGGUUAGAAGCUACUGGAAUAUUGGGGCGUUUCUCAGACAAUGGAUUCCUGAUGAUAAAUGCAAGCAAAUCUGUUGAAUUCUAUGCUUGGCAAAAUGUUCCUGUGGAUCAGCUGAAGACAUCAUUAACAGUGAAAUCUUUGAUGGAUGUUUAUAAUAUAAGGUAACUAGAAUAUAUAUAUAUAAAUGGUGAUAAAUUUUUUAAUCUA